ACGAGCCCGAACGACAUAACCAACCCGCGAGCAGCAGAGUUGGUUUGUCGGCGCAUGCGGCAAGCGCGUGUCGUGGCCACGAUACCCCGCGCCGCGGGGCGGCAAGCAGGAAGCAUCAUGGCUCGUCGGAGCAUGUGCAAGAACUGCAAGAAGAUGUACCUCGUCACCACGAGCGUGUGCGCCAACUCGUAUUGCUCGCUCGAUUGCCAAAGCAACUUUUUGUAUCUCGAGCACGUGAGCGGCGCGCUGCGGACGUUUUUUGAAGAAACCAAACAACAACAGCAACUGCAUGCCCUGACGGACACGGAACCACCUCCAUGUCCACGGAAAUCGACGGCAGCCACCACCACGUGGCUCAAAGCCCGAACGGAUUAACGUUUGCUUGUGCUGCUGUCCUAUUUACCUGCCGCCAUCACACGGGAAGAUCGUUCCAUGCGAUUGCAACCCUUCUCGACAUGCCUGGGCCGUGUCUGCCAUCGCCGCUCCCUAUAACAAUUCGUGUAUAUUUAUCGAUUCCUCUUCGUCGUCACCCUCGUGAAUAUCUUUAUAUAAUGUAUAUCGACCAUAUACAUCCAGCGCCGUCACGAUCCAACGGGUAUG